GAGAGACCAGUUUGCAGAACAGGCAGCGCUGCGCCCAGAGGCAUCGUGAGGCUCUCUGCUGAGAAGCAAGUUACCCAAGAUCUUUCAGAAGGAUAACAAAUCCUAAAUAUCAGUUUUGGACUCAUCCUAGUUGUGAGAAUAUGGCUGAAAGCAGCAAAGGAUCUGAACAGAGGAUCGUGCUUGUCGGUAAAACUGGAGCUGGAAAAAGUGCCACAGCAAACACCAUUCUGGGGGAUAAGAAAUUUGAGUCUUUUGCAUCACCCGCCUCAGUGACAAAGAACUGUCAAAAAGGGGAUACUGAAAUAGGUGGCAGGAGAAUUACGGUUGUUGAUACGCCUGGGUUUUUUGACACAAGUGUUUCAGAAGAGAAGACCAGUGAAGAAGUUAAAACAUGUGUGAAGCACCUCUACCCGGGACCACACGCCAUUAUACAAGUCAUUCAGCUGGGUCGUUUCAGCCAAGAGGAGAAGGACGUUGCUCGGAUUAUCCAACAGAUCUUCAGCCUUAAAGCAAAGGACUACAUGAUCAUUUUGUUCACCCGCAAAGAAGACCUGGAAGGCAGACCCCUCAGACAGUUCUUAAGGGAGGGCGACAAAGAGCUCCUGAGCCACAUUGCCCAGUGUGGUGACCGGUGCCUCACUUUCAACAACAAGGCUAAAGGUCUGGAAAGGGACGAGCAGGUUGCAGAGUGGCUUUCUAUGAUCGAUGACCUGAUGGAAAGGAACAGGGAGGCCCCACAUUAUACGGAAGAAAUGCUAGAUAAGGACCAGAAACAAAUAGGGGUCAAUGACAUUUCAGAGAUGCUCAAAGAAAUGGAAGCGAAGCACAAAACAGAAAUGCUCAAGCAGAAGAAAGAAAUGAUGGAGUGGUUUGAGAAGAGGAAACCUCAAGAUUCCGGACCGUGCAAAAUACUCUAAGAGAUAUAGCAAAGACUAUAUGGUGCAACCCUCAUUCAGAAUGCUCCCUCCUCCUCAUGGCUGCAAAGCAUUAAAAAAAAAGCUAAGAUGCAUUCACAUGUAUUUGGUGUCAUAUCGAACUGGGCCUUCUGUCUGCCCACCCCCCACCAACACACACACACUGUUCCCUGUGGCUCCCUGGCCCACAACACUCCAGCUCCAAGUUCUUGGUUUGUCCAUUCUGGAACCUUCUGUCCCUCAGGCCUGUGUAAAAUUUCCCUCCCAUCCAAACAACUACCCUGCCUGUUGGCUGGUCAGCAUGUUAAAUAACAUCGCUAACCAAUGAUUAAAGGAGCUCUGACAAACUGCAAAUGUCUAAUUCGGUCCUGAGAUAUGUAGCUCAUCUUGUUGAGGGCUUUGGGAAGACCUGUAAGAUACGGUGACCCUAUGAAAAGGAGGACAGGGCUCCUGUAUCUUUAACAGUGGUAUUGAAAACGGAAUUUCUGCAGGUGUCAUUUGUAUAUAUGGGGAACCUGGUGAAAUUCCCUCUUCAUCACAAAGCUGCAGGAGCCCUGCCCUCUUUUAAAUCUGCUCACUCUAGUAUAGCUCCUGCACCUUUAACUGUUGUGAUGAAGAGGGAAUUUCACCAGGUUCCCCAUAUAUACAAAUGACACCUGCCGAAAUUCCCUUUUCUAUGCAACUGUUGAAGAUACAGGAGCCCAGUCCUCCUUUCCAUAUGGUCACCCUAUGUAAGACAACCCCAGACUUAUAUUUCAGAGGACUCUAUACUUUUAUUCCACACCUAAUAUUCUCAUGCAAGAAAACCCCAGACGUUUGAUUUCAUAAUGUUUGAUCUUUGGGCCUUAACAGCCACCUCUGAACUGAAGGCUGUAAAAGCUGGUUGAGAAUUUGCAUAGGAAGAUGAACCGCAAGGUCUGAACUUGCUUUCUGUAAGGUCACAGCCAGCAAUGCCUUGGUUAAUCCUAAGGAGCAGUAAAGAAGAGUCUUGGCACAUGCUCAGACAUCAGUUUGGAGAAAAAGCCUUUGUUGACUACUUACCUGUGGUGAUAAGGGCUACUGAACAUCUGUAUUUGAUGCUUUUUGAUUCAGGGAGCCAUCAUGGUUGACGUGUGUUCUGUCUAGUUACAUGUUCAUAUAUAAACAGGAUUCAUAUUAUGGUAGGGUGACCCUAUGAAAAGGAGGACAGGGCUCCUGUAUCUUUAACAGUUGCAUAGAAAAGGGAAUUUCAGCAGAUAUCAUUUGCAUAUAUGGAGAACCUGGUGAAAAUUCCUCUUCAUCAUACCAGUUAAAGCUGCAGGUACCCUGCCCUCUUUUAAAUCUGAUCACUCUAGUAUAGCUCCUGCACCUUUAACUGUGGUGAUGAAGAAGGAAUUUCACCGGGUUCUCCAUAUAUACAAAUGACACCUGCUGAAAUUCCCUUUUCUAUGCAACUGUUAAAGAUACAGGAGCCCAGUCCUCCUUUUCAUAUGGUCACCCUAUAUUAUGGAUAAUAUUGUAUUUUUAAGGUUUUUAAUCUUUGUAAACUGCCUACAGAGCUUUAGCUAUUUGUGGUAUAGAAAUGUAAUAAAUGAAAUGAAAUGAAAUGAAACAAAAUGAAAAUAAAACUUUAGGAUUGAUUUAACACUUUUAGAACUGACUCGUAUAAAGUUAAGAACUUCUUAAGUUCUGGCAUCUUAUUCAUUUGCCUCUUAAAACUUUCGUUUUGGGACUUUGGUUUUUCCUCUUUAAUUUCUGUACUUAACUAUUUAGGUGCCAGUAGGGUCAUCCCUUCACAUUCCCAGAGAAACUUAGUAAUGCUACAGGGUCGUUUUUCACGUUCAGGUCACACGCAGUAGGAAGUCAAGUGCAAGUUAUUUAGCAAGUCUCAGUUUAGCUUUUGAAAUGUAAGUAGAGUGCAGGAGAGUGUUGUGAGCUAUUGCAAGAUUCAUAGCCCUGGUUUUGUCAACUGCUUUCCUUUGAGAUAAUCUGUCAUUCAUGUCACAUUUCUUUUCACUGCUGAUUUUCUAGUCCCAGAUAAGCUAGCAACCACCAUGCUAACUAUACAUUUUCUUCAGUUUUCUUAAAUAAAGCCUUAAAUGCAUUUCAGUUUAA